UAUAAAAGGCGAAAUGGCAACACCGGCACCGGCACCGGCAGCCACACAGGAGUUUACAAUCUCCUCUUGAUUGGACAGUAAUAUCGAAACGAAACAAAUUCUAAAUACACAAUACACAAAUGGGAAGGAAGUUUUUCGUCGGCGGUAACUGGAAAUGUAAUGGAACCUCAGAAGAGAUCAAGAUCCUUUUGUCACUUCUUAAUGCUGGUCAAGUUCCAUCUGGAGAUGUUGUGGAGGUUGUAGUGAGCCCCCCAUUCUUGUUUCUUCCAUCUGUUAGAACUACAUUGAGGUCUGAUUUUCAUGUUGCAGCCCAAAAUUGUUGGGUUAAGAAAGGAGGCGCAUUCACCGGUGAGAUCAGUGCAGAAAUGCUUGCGAACCUGCGUAUUCCUUGGGUUAUCAUUGGCCAUUCUGAACGAAGAGCUCUUUUUAAUGAAUCAAACGAGUUUGUUGGAGACAAGAUUGCUUAUGCUCUUUCCCAAGGUCUAAAGGUAAUCGCUUGUGUUGGCGAGUCUCUUGAGCAGCGAGAAUCAGGAUCUACCAUUGAAGUUGUUGCUGCACAAACCAAAGCAAUCGCAGAUAAAAUAUCAAAGUGGAGUGAUGUAGUUUUGGCAUAUGAGCCUGUUUGGGCUAUUGGAACAGGAAAGGUUGCUACUCCUGCUCAGGCCCAAGAAGUUCAUUUAGAAUUGAGGAAUUGGCUUCAAAAGAAUAUCAGCGCUGAAGUUGCAUCUACUACACGGAUAAUCUAUGGAGGUUCGGUGAAUGGUGGGAACUGCAAGGAGUUGGGUGCACAGCCUGAUGUUGAUGGUUUCUUAGUUGGUGGGGCUUCUCUCAAGGCUGAAUUCUUGGACAUCAUCAAGGCUGCCGAGGUCAAGAGAAAUGCUUAGCCCGUAUUUUUAUGGCUUAUUCUAAAAUAAUAAAAAAAACUGAUCCAUCUUUAUUCCUUAAAAUCAUUAUACAUCUCGUCUUGAUUCAUUAUCUGAUCCUUUGCUAUAACUACAGUUUCUAAAUUAAGUUCUUUUUAGUAAUUUCUUUUAUAUGUAUCAGCUAA